AUGUCCACGUUAGUAAUACGAAAGUUGGUUGGCAUCUCAUUUGUGGUCUUAUAUGUCCUUUUUGGUAUUCCACUAUGGUAUAAGUUGACUACAAUUUACAGAGCGCCCUUGCCAAAUGCAUACAUCGAGUCUCUUCACUCAAACAAAUUUCAAGAUAUCCAUAUAUCGAUACCAGUAUACGUGAGGUCGAGUACAUAUAAGUUUCCUGAUGUCCAUGAUGCCAUUCAGGUUCAAGUCAAUCAUCUUUUGAAUUCAAAAAAACAACAUAUACCUUGGUCGCUAGAAAUUCUACCAAUAGUGGAUCUUCCUUCGGAGACUGAUCACACAAAUUAUCACCUUGUAGAUUUGAUCCUGGAUCAAACUGUUGGUUUUACCAUUGCCCCAGAUAAGAAAGAGACAGUGGUUUAUUUUGACGAUGAAUCAGUUGUUAGUAACGAUUUACCAUACUAUGUGGCACAAACGUUGGUUGAACAUACAUUCAGCAUGGAAUUAGACGCAUUUGCCAAAGAAGAUAUCAGCUCCAACGGUAAUAACAAUGUUGCAAUUAAUUAUAGCCCAAACAUUCAUUUAAGUUUGACUCUAUUAGAUGGAGAUGGUACACCAAUUGAUUGGCAAAUUGAUUCGACUUUGAAAGCUCAACUAACACCGUUCAGAAAGUUCUUCUCGUCUAUGGUCAACUUUACAGUUGAUUCAUCUGUUAUUAACUUUAAUGAUUUAAAUUUACAUUCUUUGGGUAAUUCUAAUACCUCGAAUUGGAACGAUUUAUCUCACAUUAUCGAUCUUUCUGAUUUAUCAUCCAUGACUUACUAUUCAGAAAACGUAGCGUUAAAUCUGGCCAUUGUGUUUCCUGGUAAUGAAACAAACCCACAGGGGCUAGAUUUCAUAAAAGGUACCAAUAAUCCAUCUGAUUUGAAUGACAAUUGGCAAAGUUACACUGUUCCUCAAUGGGGUGUUCUAAUUAUCAAUAAAUACCCUCUUAAACCAAACACAGUUCUGGACGAGGUUUACUUAACCCCAAUCAUGCAUAAAUUUAUGGCUGACUUAUUCUACUUGUUAGGAAUGACAACCUCUUCUUCCGAGGAACUACUGGCACCUUACGUGGCAAUUGAUUCAUUCAAGAGGGUGGUCAUCCUGCAGAACUUGGCUAAAGCUGUCGAUAGUUUAUGGUCCUUAGUAAAGCUCACUGAAAGAUUCCAACAGAUGACUAUUCCCAAGACUGUCCUCGAAGAUGUUACAAAGGCGUUGGAAACUAGGCUAAACAUUAUCGAGAUUUUGAACAACGUUACUAAGGGUUCCGAAAAUGACUGGAACGAAGCAUUAAGAUUAAGUAAUGAACUUGUGAAGUUCGCUGAAGAGGCUUUCUUUAAUGGCGAAAUGCUUCAACAGAAUUUCUUUCCACAAGAACACAAAUUGGCAGUGUAUUUACCUUUAUUGGGUCCACUGUCCGUUGUAGUCUUUUUCGGUCUUCUUACUGUCAUGAAAGAAGUCGAAGACACGCUAGAUGAAAAGAAGACCAAAUAA